AUGUCCAACUACGAGCAGAUCGCCAAGGAGGCCGAGAUGGACCUCAACACCUACCAAGCCAAGACCGGCAACGCUCGUCCUCAGGACGUUGAGGGCGCGGGUGUUAACCCCCAUGCUGAGAACAAGUUUGAGAGCGCUCAGGUUGAGUUUGGCGAUGAGCUGAGCACAAACGCUGGCUACAACAAGCGCAUCCCCCCCAGCGAGGGUGGCAUCGUCGAUGAUAAGGGCCGACAAGCCCGUGGUCAGCACUACGAGGGUGAGGGCGGUCCUCUCGACAAGCUCUCCAAGGCCAACGACGAGCGCGGCGGCUACAACGACAACGAUGUUGUCGGCGCCAACGUCAAGAAGACCUCCGGCCUCGGGGCUGCUGACGAUCUCGCCUCAAGGGGCCAGGAAGCCCAGCGCGCCAAUGUAGGCCGCAAUCCUCCCGGCCCCGGUGGCUCUCAGUUCAAGGGCGAGGACUACUACCAGCCCGAGAGUGUUCCUGACAGCAUCUCCGCUGAGGGUAACAUUGCUCCUGAGAGUGUGAUUGAGGCUAGCCGAGAAGCUGAGCGACCUUGA